CCGGUAUCGCCAAGCGUGAUACCUUACACACAUUUCCUUCCGGUCUUAUCGCCAUGGCCUGCACUCCGGCCCAGGCAGCGGCCCAACAGCGGCCCUCGCCGCAGGCACCGCAGAUCGACGGAGAGCAACGCCUUGGCAAACGCAAGACCCAGUGCGUCCCCGACACAGACCUGAAGCGACAACGAACAUCUCACUACACACACCCUACCGAGAGCACCAUCGGCGAGCCAGACCCGAUUUCGUUUUGGGUGGAGGAAGGGCGCUGGCCAGAGGACCUUUUCAGACCCGAGGAGGUUCCCAUCAUGCAGCGUCUACUAGCGCGGAAGAAACUCCCGUCGAACUCCGCCACUUCCGAAACGCCGAGCGACCAAAGGCCACGAGAGGAGAAAAGCGCACCGUACCGAGAUCCGCGCUACGAGACGCUGCUGGCGACCAAGGGCAGUUUUAUGGACGAGUCACCCCUAGGAAUCACGCAAGAGAGUGAAAGCAUCUGCACUACACUACUCGAAUCGGAAGUGACAAUUCCCAACAACACGCCGUUCCGCGAUGAGGUUUUCAAGCAAACCUACAUGAAGGUGCGGGGCAGGAACGAGGCUAGAGUUCUGCGGGAUAUCACACCUUGGAUUGUCCCCCCGGCAGAAGUCCUUGCCACGGACGGCGCCACUCAGCUCGAAUGCCUGAUCGAAAGCGUCAACGAAGGCUGGAACAGCUCGAUACCCUUUGUCAAAACGCGCCCUCAGCCGGACUACUCGGUCGGCUUCAAACGAGAGGCAUUCACCAAAGACCAGCUCGCCAAAUUGUCGCCAUUUAUUGGCGAUUUCCUUUUCGAGGACCAAUCGCUUUUUAUGGCUACGUACUUUAUGUACUUUCCAUUCCUGACAUGCGAGGUAAAAUGCGGCGCCGCGGGAUUCGAUAUCGCAAACCGGCAGAACGCCCACAGCAUGACACUUGCGGUGCGAGCCGUCGCCGAGCUUUUUCGUAUUGUAGGACGUGAGGGUGAAGUCCACCGCCGGGUUCUCGCCUUUUCCGUUUCGCACAACCACGAUUCGGUACUUAUUUACGGCCAUUACCCCGUGAUAGCCGGAGAAAAAACGGAGUACUACCGUUAUGUGAUCCGCAACUUCUGUUUUACUGAGUUGGGCGGCAAGGAGAAAUGGGCGGCGUAUCGAUUCACGAAGAACGUUUACGACAUCUGGAUGCCCACUCAUUUCAAAAGCAUCUGCUCCGCCAUUGACCAGUUGCCGUCGGCCAUUGACCAGUUGCCGUCGGAGUUCGUUUAGUCGCUUUUUCAGGCGAUGGGGCUUUUUCAGGAGCUCCGAACGGGAUGCGCAGUCGAGCAUUGCUAAACGGCAAGGGCCGAUCCCAGACGUCGCAGGCAGCAAGGAGGAGAGAGGAUUAGAUGGAGAGUUAGGCCUCGUUUGGACGAUGGUAUGUCAAUGUGUAUUUUUAGAGGAGGGUUGGCGCAUCAGAGGCAUCAUGAUUGUCACACGGGGAUCAAUCCCUCAUGCCGACAGUAGGCCGAUUGGGCCAACGAACGGCCUAUCAGGAGACCAUGAUAUGAAGGAGCCCUCUGGUUGGGUCGGCUCAAAGGAUCACAAGUCCCUCGCAGGUGCCAACCGCCCUCGGCGGGAGGCGCGGCAAGUCCUACCCCUCUUAGAUACGUACCCUAGGACCCUCCUGUAGGCCUUCAGAAGGCCUAUAUAAGGAGGUCCCCCUCUCGAGGUCCCUCGAGGAGAUUCUGAUUCCUUAAGCAUCUCCUUUGAGGCCUUGAGAGAUUAUCAAUGCAUUGAGACUCCCUCUUCAAGCCGAUCUUUGAUCCCCUUGUAACAAUGAUAGGCACGAAUGGAGUUGAUAGAGACUCGCUCUAAUGGAAAUGAUUCCCUAGGAUGCGCUAGCGUUGUGGUGGCUUGGCUACAGGAUUGAUGCAACGGUCGCGUUCCUCGGCCUUGGCACGGAAGAUCUGCACGGGCACGGAAGAUCUGCACGGGCACCGGUGCUCCGCACCGGUGCCGCACAGGGUAGAUGCUUACCGAGCACUUGUCGGCGAUGACAGGGGUGCGGUAGCGAGUACCGCACCCACGAGAGAGGGGAUCGUGUAUAAGGAGGGCACAGGGCCCUCGGCCCUGUACUCGUCCUCGUUUCUCUUUCAGAGAUCUAGAUCAACAUACAAUAGGCCCUAUCUUGCACCGUUUGUCCGUCAUAUUUUCUAUAUGCGCAACAGAGGCC